CUGGCGGGCUUUUCUCGUUUAUUUGGACAUCAAACUUAUAUUACAUUAACUCCGUGCUUUCCAAUAUUUACCGCCUUAGUGCCCAUUUGCAAAUUUUGUUAUGAAUGCUACGUUGCAUCAAGACAAGUGGGAUCAGAGCGAAUAUCGUGAUACAAAGCUUUGUGUGUUCAAAACUUCCGGAACGAAAAGAAGCCAUUUAUACUUUGACGGUGAUAAGACUGUGUGUAAAAAGCUGAGAUUAUCUACUAAAGAACAAGACUGCGUUUCAACAAUCGAUUCGAAGAUCACUUCUCGCGAUUGUGCUCAUACCAAUGGAUACCGUAAAAGUCUAAAUAACAGGUUGUCGUUAAAAAAAGAGUACGAGAUAAUGAAUGAUUCUACAAAAAACCAUAUAAUAUCCAUUCACGAAACCUAUCAACUUGGUUUUCUUAAUAUACUGGAAGACAGUAGCGAGAAAAAUCUCUAUACUUUUGACUUUGUGGAUAGCUUAGAAGUCACGUAUCCGGUGAGUAUCACUUCUUCGGAUGCCUUACCUAUUGAUCUCCCUCCACUUUUUAUGGAACCCGAGUACUCAGACCAGCUCACAGCUCUUGCUAACGAUGCUCUCAAUCAACUUACUCAACGCAUUAACAAUUGGUUGGUUGCUUGUCAAGAAUCUGAUGAGAAGUUAACUCUCUGGCGGCACAUGAACGCACACCGGGCAUCCGCAGAACUUAGGUAUCAAACCCUACGCCUCCUAAAUAUAUUGGAACCUCAUUUUCGACAUACUGAUUUUGACCCGCAAUCUCCUAACGUCGAUAAAUUAUUUUCUUACAUUUUAAAAAACAUGGACUUAAGUGAAGCUGUUGAAAGUACUCGGGAAUUUAGUUCCCCUGGAAAUAAUAGUCCUGUUGUUUCUUUGUGUCCAGAUCCUGAACACUGCCUCAGUAACUUACGAAAUCUUGUUCUUAGUCUCCUUCAGAAACUCCUUCCACAGUUGGUACUCCCGAAGGGUUUCAAUUCUAAAGAUGAUUUAGUUCCCCUGAUUGAUUCGGCCUGCGUUUGUAAUUUAAGUGUGUGAUAUAAACAUUAAGAGCUUAAAAUCAUAUUUUCAUGAAAGAGAUUUAGAGUGUAUAUAUUACUUACUAUUUUUUGUGUAUUUUGUGCUAGCUUGUUAAUAGUUUGUGGUUCUGCCACUAUGUAUAUAAUUUUUUCACAAUUAUUGUAAAUGCAGAUUCGUUUUUUGCA